CCGCAGGCCGAGCUCGGGAGGGGACAGGCCGGUGGCGACGCGCAGUUGCUCGAGCUCUUGGAUUGUGACGGGACCUCGAGCGACUUUUUCGGUUACUCGGUGGCCGUGAGCUCCGACGGGGCUCGCGUGGUGGCGGGGGCCUACGGUGACGACGACCGCGGCGCCAUUUCCGGCUCCGCGAACGUGCUCGAAGGGGCCGCCGGCGAGAGGUUGCUCAAGCUUGUGGCGAGUGAUGGGGCCGCCGACGACAAGUUCGGUCACUCGGUGGCCGUGAGCUCCGACGGGGCCCGCGUGGUGGCGGUGGCCUACGGUGACGACGGCCAGGGCGGAGGUUCCGGCUCCGCGCGCGUGUUCGACGGGGCCACCGGGGAGAAACUGCUCUUCAGGUUGCUCAAGCGUGUGGCGAGUGAUGGGGCCUCCGCCGGCAGAUUCGGUUCUUCGGUGGCCGUGAGCUCCGACGGGGCCCGCGUGGUGGCGGGGGCCUGCGGUGACGACGACCAGGGCGGCACGUCCGGCUCCGCGUGCGUGUUCGACGGGGCCACCAGCGAGAGGCUGCUCAAGCGUGUGGCGAGUGAUGGGGCCUCCGCCGACAGAUUCGUUUCUUCGGUGGCCGUGAGCUCCGACGGGGCCCGCGUGGUGGCGGGGGCCUAUUAUCACGACGGCCAGGGCGGAGGUUCCGGCUCCGCGUGCGUGUUCGACGGGGCCACUGGCGAGAAGCUGCUCAAGCUUGUGGCGAGCGGUGGGGGCCCCAGUGACUCUUUCGGUUAUUCGGUUGCCGCGAGCUCCGACGGGGCCCGCGUGGUAGUGGGGGCCUGCGGUGACGACGACCAGGGCGCCAAUUCUGGCUCCGCGAACGUGUUCGACGGGGCCACUGGGGAGAAGCUGCUCUUCAG